ACCUUUAUGAAUGAUUUCACCAUGGAUAUGUAAUGCUGCCGAAAAACUAAUUCAACUAUAAAUACCCUCAUCACACCACCAAAUCUCUUAUCACAAAAAAUUCACAAACCACAAAUUGUCAUCAAUGGAGGUUCUUUCCUGGGCUAUUUUGGCCUUAUCAUUGCUAGCUAUUCAUACACUCUUAUCAAUAAUUUUCACUUCUCCACGCCAAUCAAAACUUCCACCAGGUCCUAAGCCUUGGCCGAUUAUCGGUAACUUUAACCUUAUAGGUCCUCUGCCUCACCAAUCUCUUCACAAAUUAUCCCUAAGAUAUGGAGCAUUGAUGCAACUUAAGUUUGGUUCAUACCCAGUUGUGGUUGCUUCAUCAGCAGAUAUGGCAAAACAAAUACUCAAAACAAAUGACCAAAUCUUUGCCUCUAGACCCAAAACUGCCGCUGGAAAAUACACAACCUAUAACUUCCAAAACAUUACAUGGGCGCCUUAUGGACCGUAUUGGCGACAGGGCCGCAAAAUCUACCUCUGUGAGCUGUUUAGCUCGAGAAGGCUCGAAUCAUAUGAAUACAUUCGCGUCCAAGAAAGGCGUGAUUUCACGUCGCGUCUACUUGCCUUGUCUGGCAAGCCAGUUGUGCUUAAAGAGCAACUCUCGCGGCUUACUUUGAGCAUUAUUAGUAGAAUUGUUCUGGGGAAGAAGUACUUCAGCGAGCGUGAAGAUGGGAGUGCAAUUGUAACAAUUGAAGAGUUUCAAGAAAUGUUGGAUGAGUUGUUCUUGCUUAAUGGGGUCUUGAAUAUAGGGGAUUGGAUACCCUGGCUGGAUUUCCUGGAUUUGCAGGGGUAUGUAAAGAGAAUGAAGGCUCUAAAAAUCAAAUUCGAUCGAUUUCACGACCAUGUGUUGGAUGAACACAAGGCGAGGAAGGCCGGGGUUAAGGAUUUUGUGCCAAAGGACAUGGUGGAUUUACUGCUGCAACUAAGCGAUGAUCCUAGUCUUGAUGUCAACCUCAAUUAUGAUAGCGUCAAGGGGUUCACACAGGACUUAAUUGCAGGUGGCACAGACACUUCUGCAGUGACGGUGGAAUGGGCGAUGUCCGAGCUCAUGAAACAGCCAGACUUAAUAAAAAAGGCGACAGAAGAGCUCGACAGAGUAAUUGGAAGAGCAAGAUGGGUGGAAGAGAAAGACAUGCCACAACUACCUUACAUAGAAGCAAUAAUGAAAGAAACAAUGAGGAAACACCCAGUGGCCGUACUUCUUGCGCCGCAUUUGGCCCUUGAAGACUGCAACAUUGGUGGAUAUGACAUUGUAAAAGGAACUAGAGUCUUCAUUAACAGCUGGAGCAUGGGGAGGGACCCAAAAAUAUGGGAUGAACCGGAAGAGUUCCGGCCGGAGAGGUUUAUAGGGAAAGCAAUUGAUGUGAAGGGACAGAGUUUUGAGCUGUUGCCUUUUGGUUCAGGAAGGAGAAUGUGCCCUGGAUAUAGUCUUGGACUUAAAAUGAUUCAAUCAAGCUUGGCUAACAUGUUGCAUGGGUUCAAUUGGGAGUUAGCUGAUAAUAUGAGGCCACAAGAUUUGAACAUGGAUGAAGUUUAUGGAUUGGCAACACCUAGAAAGUUUCCUCUUGUUGCUGUCCUGGAGCCUAGACUCCCCAUUCAUCUUUACUAAAUAUUUUGCUUCCUUGAAAAUAUUAUAAAAGAAAUAUAAUAGUUUUGUCUUAUUCACAAA